CUCACGAGCAGCCGGGCACAGCGAUUGGACAGCUCGCGACAGAUACACACAUGCACGUGUGAGAUGUUUUUAGCUUUCAAACUGAAUUUAGGCGGGUUUUCGGUUUUCCUCCGUAGUAUCCACCGCAGCCUGUCUCGAGAUCAGACGGCUCUUUGGAAUGAUUCAGUUGCAUUAGAUUCGUAACCUGUUAAACUGCAAAGUGUUCUGAUGGGGAAUAACGGAUCUUCCGCGGUGUUUUCCGCUCAAGGGACAAUUCACAAGACAAGAGUUCAGUGGCAAAGCAGCAGUCUGCAAGACACCAGCCUGCAGCAUCGCCCAGUGGCCAGUCGGCAGUACUGCCCUGUUUCCAACAGUGGAGUGGAGCGUCGCACCUCUGCCCCUCCAAUCAGUAUUGAGUCUCCUCGUUUUCACCCCCACGCCAAAGGCAAAAAUAUCCGACUGGAUGCACAACUGCGCCGGGCCACCCGGAAGAACAGUUUCUGCAAUGGCAUCACCUUCAGCCAGCGUCCUGUGCGUUUGUAUGAGAAGGUGCGGUUGCGCCUCUCAGGUGUCCACACAGGCUGGAGCGGAGCUCUACGUUUUGGUUUCACCAGCUUAGACCCUAGUGAGCUUGCCAUAGCUGACAUCCCCAAAUAUGCUUGCCCCGACCUGGUGACGCGGCCAGGAUAUUGGGCCAAAGCCCUGCCUGAGAGGCUGGCCAUGCGGGACAAUGUUGUGGCCUUCUGGGCUGACCGACACGGCCGGGUCUUCUACAGCAUCAAUGAUGGAGAGCCCAUCCUCUUCCACUGCGGUCUAAGUGUUGGCUGCACACUCUGGUCCAUCGUAGACAUCUAUGGAAUCACUCAAGAAAUUACUUUACUGGAGAGCACAUUUGCUGAGAGCGUGGGCACGAGCUGUCUGAGUAGCGCUCGACUCAGUGCCUAUCUUCCCCAGAGCAACCACGACUCGGCCAACUACAGCAACAACCAGCUAGAGAGCAGCCAGGCCGCGGCAGCAAAAUUUGCUACGCUACAGCUCAGCAACUACAACCAGCUCAUCCCCUGCUGCUCCACUUCCUCUACACCCUCUUCAUCCACCUCCUUCAAUGUACAAAGGGCCCCCACGCCUUUUGACGCUGACCUGCAUUUUCACCCAGUGCGAGGCCCUGACGUGGUUCUCUCGAACGAUCGCACGGUUGCAUGUACACACUUCCUGGACAGCAGCAGGACGUUGAUGUUCAGCGACAGGCCCGUCCGGGUGGGCGAGACGCUGUAUGUGGAGGUGGGCCAUCUGGGCUUGCCUUACUUUGGGGCUCUUCUCUUUGGUAUGACCUCCUGUGAUCCAGGCACCCUCAAUGCUGGAGAGCUGCCAGCUGACCCAGAGGUGCUUCUGGACCGUAAGGAGUAUUGGGUGGUCUACAGGGGUUUUCCUGUACCAACGGCAGGCGAUGUGCUCAGCUUUACCUUUCUGGCCAAUGGGGAGGUGCAUCAUGGGGUCAAUGGAGGGACACGCGGUCGUCUCCUGUGUGUCGACUCCUCUCAGGUUCUGUGGGCCUUCUUCACACUGCAUGGAGCCGUGAACCGGCUCAGAAUAUUAGGAACUGUUCAGGCCAGCCCUCCCACCUCCCCAUCAGUGUCUCAGGCAUCAAUGCCUGAUGACAGUGACUCUGAUCUGGCUUUCACUGUCAACAGAUCCUCAUCAGCAUCUGAGUCCUCUCUAGUGACGGCUCCCAGCUCUCCUCUCAGUCCACCGGUCUCACCGACUCUUUCUGCAUCUGACGCAGCCCUGAUCAGCAAAAGCAGUGAGUGCACGGUGUGCUUCGAUCAGGAGGUGGACACCGUCAUCUAUACGUGUGGACACAUGUGUUUGUGUAAUGACUGUGGACUGAGGCUCAAGAGACAGAUCAACGCGUGUUGUCCGAUCUGUCGGAGACCCAUAAAGGACGUCAUAAAAACCUACAGACCGUGAAGGGACUAAAACAUUUUCUAUCAAAUGAUUCAGUAAAAACCUUGGUAGCUGUGGUUUAAUAUCUGGACUAAACUUGUAUUUAAGACCGUGUAUGUAGCUUUGAUUUGUGUAGCAUUAAGCUCUUGUCCAUAUUUCUCUCACCUCAUAUAUGACC